AUAUAUAUAUAUAGAAGAUCCCUUUACCAAGUUCUCCCCCGAUAGUUUUUUUUUUUCCAUAAGCCCUGCAUUUUUGCAGGGCAUAUCGGUGCUUUAAUUCUUCCACAUAGCAAUAAACAAUGUCAUUAUAAAGAAAACCCUCUUUUUCUUUCAUUAUAAGAUGGAAAAUACACCACCCGCCACCACAUUCUCCGGCGACGACGAGAAAAAGAAGAAGAAGAAGACGAACGAUAAAAGCUUCGUCCUCUUAAAGGCUGCCAUAUCUUUACUCCGACGCAAAUCUAAGCCGAUUCAACCCGACGUCGUUUCACAACCCGUCGUUCUGAACAAGAUCAUAGGUUCAAUUCGUCCUCCUCUUCAUCUUCCAGACGAACUAUCAUCUCCAAAUUGUUCAUCUCCUGCAUUCUCUGAUCAAUCUUUCGUCACUGCCACGAAUCAACAGGAUCUCGUAAAUCAAUCAGAUCGAGUUGAUUCAUCGGAGAGUUUGAAAGGUCUUCGUAAGAAUCAUUCGUCUGCAUUUGCUUCCGCCAUUAAUAUGCUGGAACUUGGAAGUGACGGAGAAAGCGAUGAUGAUGAUGAAGUUGAGGAACAGAAUCAUCAUGAAGGAGACGAGAUGAUUGAUAGAAAAGCAGAUGAAUUCAUCGCCAAUUUCUAUAGUAAAUUUAGGGUUCAUGAAAGGAAAUGAUCUCGUUUAGAUCUGACGGUUUACAAUUAUUGGGAAUUGAUGUAAGGUGUCAAAAUUCUUUAUCUUUUAGUUUUUGCUAUCCUAUAAUAAAAUUUGCCCUAAUAUUUUUGUUCCA